CCAUCCCAGUCUCCAGAGGGCUACAGAAGAGGGUAGUAGGCAGAGGAGCAGAGCAGAUCGAAGAAGACCAACCUGCAGCCAGGAGAAGGUAACAAAGUGUUCGGUGGGGAGUAACAGGAAGAAGGUGAGGGGUAAGGGAGAACUGUAUUGAAGUCGCAACUCCAGCAGAGGAAGGAAUACUCACGGAGGACAGUGAGAACAUCUUGAUAACGGAAAAUCCCCUAGCAGAGCUGAGAAGGCGACCUUUUCACUAUGGGCCACCUGCACAAACAAGAAGGUGCACCCCCACAGCACACCACCGUCAUUGUCCCUGCACAAACGAUCGAUGCACCGGAUUACCUGGCAUAUUCCAUCUUCACCAUGCUGUGUUGUUGCCUGCCUCUGGGAAUUGCAGCCCUCGUUUACUCCAUACAGACUCAGGAUGCCAACCGGAUGGGGAAUGGCGCCGAGGCUCAGCGGAACUCCAGGAAGGCGAGGAUCUUAGCCCACACUGCACUCGGCCUGGGGAUUCUGUUGGUUCUUGGGGUCACUGUUAUGGUGGUCGUUUCUAAAAAUUAGUAUCUCUGAAGACCCAUGCAAAAUAUUUGUCCACUAAAUUACCUCCCUCCUUGUCUUCUGUUUAAUCCAAAUGAUUUUUUUACAAAAAUUGUGAACAUUUAGAAAGAAAUCUUCCAGUCCUGAGCCGACAUUGAUGCUAAAUGAAGACAUUGCAUCGGUUAGUAUUUGGAUGGGACCCACCCCAAGUAUAGGGUUGCCAGUCUCCAGGUGGGGCCUGGAGAUCUCCCACGAUUACAGUAGAUCUCCAGAUGACAGUCCCCCUGGAGAAAACGGCUGAUUGGAGGACAAUAUACCCCAUUUGUCAUCGAUGCAACGAACAUGAAAUUGAGCCAACUUCAGAGGACGGCGGAAGACAGGAGGGCCUG